GCCGGCCAAUCGGCGUUGAGCGUCUCUGCGGGCGAGCGGAAGGAACGGCCGUUCGGAGGAGCCGCCGCGGAGGGAGGGGAGGCAGCGAGGGAGAACAGCGGGCAUGAGCCAGAACGGAGGGGGGAACCCUUUCGAGGGAGAAGCGGGGAAUCCCUUCCAGGAUCCGGGCAUAAUUCAACACCGGCCAAAUACAGAUUAUGCUACCCUGGAUGUAUAUAAUCCUUUUGAUAGUUCGGGGCUUCCCCCGCCAUACCAGCCCCCGGCCUCGGCUCCCACAAUCCCUUCCGUGCCCGUAGCUCCUGUCUCGGAGGUGCCUAAGAGAAACAACAAUGCAGAACCCAGAAAUUACGGCUCGUACGGGACGCAGGAUGCGGCUACCGCCGCGAAGGCCGACCUCUUAAAACGCCAGGAAGAGCUGAAUCGGAAAGCCGAAGAACUGGACCGGAGGGAGCGAGAGCUGCAGAACGCGGCCUUGAGCAGCGGGGCGGCCAAGCCGAACAACUGGCCCCCGCUGCCUUCCGUCUGUCCCGUGAAGCCCUGUUUCUAUCAGGAUAUUUCUGUCGAGAUUCCUGUGGAAUUCCAAAAAACGGUCACCAUCAUGUACUACCUCUGGAUGGCCAGCACUAUAGCUCUUUUCAUCAACUUCCUGGCCUCCCUGAUCUGGUUCUGCGUGGAUUCCACAGGCGCUUCCGGAUUCGGCCUCUCAAUCCUCUGGGCUUUGAUUUUCACGCCUUGCUCCUUCGUCUGCUGGUAUCGACCCAUGUACAAAGCUUUCCGGAGUGACAGCUCUUUCAACUUCUUCGUCUUCUUCUUCAUCUUCUUCGCCCAAAACGUGAUGUACGUCCUGCAGGCCGUUGGAAUUCCCGGUUGGGGCUUUAGCGGUUGGAUUAUCAGCUUCGUCGCCCUGAAAGGCCACCCGGGGGUGGGCAUUUUCAUGAUCCUUGUCGCCGUGUUGUUCUCCGUCGUAGCCGGGCUGGGCAUCAUCAUGUUGAAACGGAUCCACUCCCUUUACCGCCGCACCGGCGCUAGCUUCCAAAAAGCCCAGGCUGAAUUCGCCGCCGGCGUUUUGUCCAACCAGACGGUCCGCACGGCGGCGGCCAACGCCGCAGCUGGGGCAGCCUCCAACUCGUUCCAGGCCCCCUAAAGGAACUGCGACCUGCGAGUUGUCAUCAGUCGGCCGAUUUCGCCGGGACUCCUUCACCGAAACGAACCGUCCUUCAAGUGCACGGCCUUGCCCUCCUGGCCUUGAAUUUCCUCCUUUUCCCCACUUUUGUGCUGAUUUUCAGAAGCUUCCGCUCUGCGAUCUCGGCAGGGAAACCCGCGACGGAUCCAUCCCGCUCCGGCUGCACUGACUUAAAAGUUCACCGAUCCCUGAACACGGCUUUAAUCUUCUCUUCUUCCACCCGAAAUUGACAAGAGGGAUACCUAGCGGCUAUUUCUCUCUGCUUGUGACUUCUCCACAUUUACCCAAACCGGGAGGAACGGGGGUCUUUCCUUCCUGCUCGUGCGCCCCCCUCCCUCAAAAUAUUUGGCUUUUCUCUUUUUCGCCUUCGAUCCUGCGCUCCCUCCCGGUCGGAGCUGAUUUUUCCCGAAAUUAAUUUUAAGUUUCCUUUCAGCCCCGAUUUGCUGCAAAUUUGCUAAGCCGAGCAUGUCCCCGUUCAUUCGUACGUUUCUCCUUUUUAAGACAGUUUUUCUCACCCUUAGCAUCUUUAAGAAAUGUGGGCUUCAACUCCCAGAAUUCCCUCUGUUUGGCUGACUGGGGAAUUCUGGGAGUUGAAGUCCACAUCGUCUUAAAACUCCCAUCCUUGAGAAACACCGCUGAAGUUAAAUCGAUCAGUAGAAUUCUGCUAGAUGUUGAGUCGAAAUCAAGAGGGGCUUUUCGAGUUUCUAUUACACUACCCUAACCUUGAGUUUUCCAAACUUGGCAACUUUUAAGACAUACGGACUUCAACUCCCAGAAUUCUCCCUGGCUGGCUGGGGAAUUCUGGGAGUCGAAGUCCAACCUCCUUAAAGUUGCUAAAGAUUGAAAAACUCGGUUUUAAAAGUUUUUUUUUCCCCCUCUCUUAUUUUGAUCGCUUCUGCCAGUGCCGGCCACUGGGAGAUAAGUUCCUUUUUUUUUUUUUUUUGUCGUUUUAUUAGCAACGGGGAUUAUUUUAUUUGGCUCAAAAGCCAGCUCUGGCCUCUACGAUCGCUUUUCGGCCCCUAUGGUGCCUUCUUUUAUAUUAUUAUUUAUCCUUUUUUUCCCCCCUUCGAAGUUCUCGCACAGCCCAGUCGGCGUAAAACGGCUGUUUUUGCGCGGAUGAAUAAAUUCUCCGGUCGCCCCGAAAUUUGAGAAUUGGGAUAUCAAAUUACUACUCUCUGACUGGUCCCCUUUUCUGUUUUCGGAGCCCCAUUUGAAGGGAGGUGAGAAGGGAGGACUGAUUGAGGCACCCCUGUUUUAAUGUUUUGGGGUCCCUUUGGUGUUUGCAAUUUGGGAACUGUCUCCCCAAAUUCGACUUCUCCGCAGUGUCUUCUUUUGCUGUGUCUGUGAAUGACUCGACUUUUCGACAUCCUGUUCAUUGGACUUGCUUGGUCCCCAAACCUAUCUGGUGGGCCCCCCCCUCUCGUCUCCCCCCUUUGUCGGUAACUGAAAUUUCAGACCACGCCCCCCACCCCAAGGUUUCCCCCGUGUCUUUCCCUCUUCUUUGAUCUCUGUCUCCUAAGGGUUUGUGGGGCAGCCCCACCGUUCUUCGUGCGUCUGUAAAUGUGCAAAUAACAAUAUUCUUUUCCCUUGGGCACCUUCCCCAUUUGUUGUUGUUGUUAUUAUUAUUAUUAUUUUUUGCUGUGCCAAGCGCAAGACGGAGUAUGGAACUUUAUUUAAAGAAUAAAACUACGUUUUAUCUCA